UAACAGUCUUGACAGCAGCGAAGAAAGAUGCUUCCGUCAUCACCAAAUCAUCGUCGACUGCUGAGUCCAACUAGAGAAACGUGCUUUUGUUCUCUUGCGAAUCGAAUUGUGAAGCAUUAUAGCUUUGAUUCGUUCCUACACAAAGCGUUGGCGUUCAGAGCAAUUAAACUGUCUAUUCGGGGCUUCUAUAACUACUGAAAGUAUCUCUGACAGUAUAUUUUAAACUCAGAAAUUUAUGCGUGGAAGUCACGUUUCAACCUACGCCUGGCCGGAUACAAAAACUGACAAAAUUCCUUAGUUCUAACUCAAUCAAACUCCAAAGAAUAAAUUCGCAGUACAUUGAACGUGAACAAAAGGAAAAGAACUGCAACAUGCUGUUUAUCUCAGUGACGCAGUUUCGACGAAGACCUGAGCCUUGUCACAAAUUGUACAGUGCGAGUAGGUCAAAAUUGUUUUUGGAAACAAAAUGUUAAACAACACUUUAUAAUUACAACAACGUCCUGGUGGAGUUGUAUGUCUUACGGCAUGUCUGGUGAGCAGAUUGAAACAAAACUAAGGCCUGCACGGCUGUUACUCGAAAGAGGACGCUUUAGAAUUGUGACGGGUUCGCCAUUGAGAGAGACAGGAAGUUGAGUCGCGUCGAAGAAUAGAAGACGCCGGCAUUUUAAUACACGUGCGCCACUGCGCAUCGCAGGUAUUUGUUUACUGAAAAGGAGACACCAGACAGACUUCUUUCGAAGAUGAUAGUCCCAGUCAUGGGCAAAGAUCCAAGAUGGUUACUCGUCGAAGUUUGCAGAGAAUUUCAGCGUGGAAAGUGUUCCCGAACAGAGGACGAAUGUCGUUUCGCACAUCCACCCGCUCAUGUGCUCAUUCAGAAUGGAAAAGUCACGGCGUGUUUCGACUCGUUGAAGGGACGGUGUCAUAGAGAAAAGUGCAAGUAUUUGCAUCCUCCAAAGCAUAUAAAAGCCCAGAUGGAGAAUAAUGGUCGCCUACUACAGCAGCAACAGCAACAACAACAGCAGCAGCAGAUUGCUUUCCAGCAGCAAGCUUUUGCACCCCUAGCUCAACAGAUGCUGGCAAAUCCCUCAUUUAUCUCUACCUGGCCUGUAAGUGUUCAAGGAUCAAAUGGGACGUACCUCCAGCAACCGGUUGCUUUUCUACCCGAUGCAUCUGCUCUGGCUCAGACUCCAUCAAGAAGACUGGACAAAUCUGACAAACUUGAGGUCUGCCGAGAAUAUCAGAGAGGUGCAUGCUCAAGAGAAGAAUGCAGAUAUGCACAUCCCCCAAGACAUGUGUCUGUUGACAGCUCUGAUAACAUGAUCACAGUCUGUAUGGACUUUAUGAAGGGGAGAUGUCAAAGGGAAAUGUGCCGCUACUUUCACCCACCAGCUCAUCUUCAAGGAAGAGUUCGAGCUGCUCAGCAACAGUCAUUGCCGCUGGAGGGUAGCCGCAAGAGGCCCCAUGAAAUGCUACCUGAACUGACCUUUGGUGAACCAUUUAAGAAACAGACUGCUGUGGAGGUGCCUCUGGUUAUGCCAGGGGCAGCGGCAGCGCUUCAGUCCUUCAACCAACCGCUCGGAUUGCAGUUCACGUCUCUUAUACCUACAAUGCCACUACUUGCACCUGGCCUACCCUUGGUUCAAACACAAGUGCCUCAGCACUCCUCCAAUGGGUUGCCAGUUUGUCGGGACUUUGUCUCUGGCCAGUGUCACAGAGAAGCCUGCCGCUAUGCCCACGUUAAAGACAAGAAUGUAGAAGUUGUGGAUGGUAAGGUGACAGUUUGCCGAGAUGCAGUGAAGGGGAAAUGCACAAGGCCUAACUGCAAGUAUUACCACCCAGUGGUCAGCCCUGCAGCUGGUGCCUCAUCAUCAAAGACUCCUAGAUAGAACCUGCAAUGGUUACAGUGAGGCAGAAAAAUACUGGAGAGCAGCUAUUUUUGGUACAGUGAAAAAUGAUGUUACCGGCCAUAUACUACCAAAAAUUCUUCAAUUUAAGGGGGAACCCCCCACCCAGGUUUUCAAUUCACUUUCAAGCGCUGUUACUAAGCAUGCAUGCAAGCAAAAUAAUCACACUUACUACGGAUUCUUAAAGAAUUCUGUACAUGUAGAGAUGCAAACUUAUCAGCUAAAAUAGCUUAAUAAUUGUUAGGACAUAACUGUUGCUAAAAGAUUUUUGCUAAGCAAAUAAACAUUGUGUUGUUCCAGAGAAGGUGUACACCCACCCACACUCAGCCUUACAGAAGUUUCCCUUUUUGGUUUAAAUUUUUCCCACCCCUCUGGAAAUUACAGUUUAGCUUGAAGUUCAUACUUUUCUUUAAAAGUUUUGGAAUGGGGGUGGGAGGGGCUUCUAAGCCCCUUGGAAUUUCCAGUGACUCUAUCCUGGGGUGGGCAAGGAUAUUUUCUGGAACUGUACACUUGCAAAAUGGCAUGGUUUGUGGUGUGCUGGUACAGGUGCUAACAAAUGGGCAUAAAUGGCAAGUAGAAGGGUGUACUUUCUUACAGUGUACAGAAAUGUUGCAUUGCAAGUUGAAAAGCAGGAUCUUGCUGUGCACAUUACCACUUACAUUGCAAGUUGUGGCAACAUGUUGUCAUACAGAGUUCAUGUGAGAACUUGUCGUCACAACUUUCAACACUUGGUAGACGUAUACUUAAGUUUCUUCCAUUUUUGAAAAAUUCUGGAAAUUCUGGUUUGGAUGUAAGUCAAACGCAACUUCUCAGGGCCAGUCCACUGGAAAAUUUCUUAGAGGAAUGGCCCUGAACUUCUGAAACAGUAGUCCUGUUUUCUCAUGGUUCUCACUCUGAUGGAAAUUUGGGUUUGACUUAUGGCUUUGAACCACAUUAAGCUUUUCACUUUCAUGGCCUUGCACAUCAAGUAUUUCUUUGGGAAACUUUAAAUGGAACAGGGAUCUUUCACUUGGAAUGAAACAAUUCCGGUGCAGGACAAGUUACGAAAAAAUGUUUCUUGAUGUUUUACAGGUACUCAAUUUUAUUAUUUUGAGUGCAGACCGAGAGAGAGAGGGUCAAAGAUUAAGACUCACUGCAAUGAAUAAUUUAUGCCCAGAAGUUAGCUUCUGAACCAGCUGUGCUAGCUUUUAAAUGGCUGUUUCUGCUGUGGUCAUAUAUGUUUGUUUUUCAUCAUAUUCACCUCUUGACAAAAUGCAAUGGAUUUGGUAAUAAUACUUUGAUUUUAUGUCUAGUUAAUCAGUUUGAGUUAGUUUUCUUUCUCUCAGAGAAAAAUGUAAUAACCUAAUUUUGAUUCAAUCUGAAAACGUGGACGUUUUGUCCUUGUAUUGGACCAUGUUAAAUUUGUAUUGUGGUAUAAAAGUAACCUUGGAAGUAUGAAUCAGUUAAGCCAUUGCUGGGCUUGUGAAUAGAAUGCUCCAAAUUCCAGUGGCGAUUCUAAUAGACCAUUGUUUGCAUUCCAAGUAUUGGAUUGGAACUACAAUAGCUUGCAACUGAGGCUAAUGCAGGGAGUCUUUUCAAAUGCAAAUUAUAUUAAUCUCUUUUUAAUGAUCUUCCCUUACACGAGCCUCCAUUGCAGUCCAUUACUGAGAAUGUGAAUAUGGCCUAUUGCUUUGAUGCCUUCCAAGCAAACCAAUAUUAUAGUGCUUGUAUAAGCCUUUCCUCUGCUGACUUGUCCAAUCCAGUGUGGGUUUCACCGCUGGGGAGAGAAGUUAGGCUUUUGGGUGUGCAAUGGAAGUUCAUCUGUCACACAGACUGCAGAGCAGUGAUCGCCCCUUUACACCUGUUCAUUUAUUAUUGUGUGGUUAUUGCACUCAUCUAUGACAAGCAUUUGCGCAUGACUCUCUAGGAACUGGAACAUUAAUGUGCUUAUUCACAAAUUUAACCAUGGAUGGUCAUGUUUUAUUCUUCAUCCAGCCAUAAAUUUGCAAGCCCAGUCAACUAAGUGAUUCAUAUGGUUUUUCUGACUCUUCGAUAUUUUGCCGACACUGUAUUAAUUACUAGUAUUUUGUUUUGUCAGUUUAUGGGGUGACACAUCAACAUGCUUAAAUUUGCAUGUAAUGUUGUGUAGAUUGCAUCAAAAAUUGUGCAUGAAGCAUCUCUCUAAAUGAUGACAUUUUCAUUUUAGAAAAAUAUUGUUCCACAAUUGUUCAUGAUUAUUUUUACACAUGAUAAUGGAUGGAAAGUACUUCGACUAAAGUACAGUGCAAAAAGUACUUUUUUACUAGAGAAUGAAGGAACAGAAACUGGUUUUCUGAUUUUUUUUAACAAAAUAAAUGUUUUAUGUCAUUCUUGUGAAUGAAAGUUAAAAGGUCUAAAAAAACAAAACGAGAAAGAAUUUUCUAUGCUGCUGUUUCUGUACAGUAGAGUUAUGGAAAUUAACUAUACCACAGCUAUUUCAAAAAACGUUGUUGGGAUUGAACUUUCAAGACAGCAUAUUUUUUCCCAAGAGUAGUUUGCAAUGAAAAGAUCGGUGUGCAGAAAAGUUCUUCCUCCAGGUUGCUCUUUUAGGGUCAAUUCAGAUGGUAUGAUUUUUUGCUUUGUGACCGUUUUAAGUAAAAUGCUUAGAGAUCCUUACAGUCAACUACAUGGUUCCCAUUCAAAUGAAUCCUCUAAACACAGGAAUUGUGAGCAUGUCCUAGGUUUGAUUUGGAUGAAGCCACUAAUUCUGUAAGCAUGUGGUUUGUUACAGUCACAAGCAAGAAUAAUGGCACCUUUAUAGAGCCUUAGACUUAGGACUCUGUUUUAAUCUUCCAAGAGUUUCCAUUUUCACAGAGUUAGUUUCCUGUCCCUUUAACAGCUGGACACUUCUAAUGUGCGUUAAGUUUUUUUCUCUUAUUACCAAUAAUAGUUCAGAAUUAAGCAUGUUUUCUCCUUUGCAACUAGUUGUUAGAGUUGUCACACAGUUGCUUUCCCCCACUGUGGCAACUCUGAUUUUAAGUGGUUGCGAAUGAGGAAUCUUCUCUUUCACUAACUAGUAGAGAAAUCUCAAGACAAAACAAAACAAAACAAAACAAAACAAAACAAAACAAAACAGUAAGAUUGCAGAUUGUUUUGCAGUGAGCAAUUCCAGUUAUUUUUCCAUAUUACAUACAAUUAUUAGGCUUGAGGAGUCUACCAGGCAACUUUUUUGUUAAAUAGCUGUGAGAUACAAGUAAGUAAAGUGUUUGUACAAUGGAACUGACAUAUCAGCUGGCCUGUUUUUGCUUGUCUUUUAUUUUCCUGCAAAUGUGUAAGAAUCAAAACCUUUGAAGGAGAUAUUUGCUUCUAUCAUUCAAACGGCAGUGACUUGUUGAUUCACAAGGUUAAUGCGCAAAUAUCUCCUUCACAGGCUAAAGAUGUGGUAACGUUUUAGGAGAGAAGGGAUGAAGAGAAUUUAUUUUUGUAUCCCUGUGCUAAGAGAAAAAUAGCAGCAAAGCUAUCAAGCAGCUUAUUAUAUUGCUGGCAAUAGUUUAAUGCUUUAAUCCAUUUUAAUGUUAAAUUAUAUUAUUGUAAAAUGUAUUCAUUAUAUAAAGAGUCCCAGAGUUGUAAAGUUCGGUGCAUGCCAAAAAUUAAGAAGAUUAAAGUAAGAUAUUAAUAUUUUAUAAUAUUUAUUUAAAAUUCAAAUUUUGUUCACUUAAUUUACAUUGAGUCUAGAAUAGAGUUUAGUAUGAAUUAUAAGGACACAACAAAUACAAGUAAGGUUGCCGUGGUCCCUGUUAAAGUAAAAAAAAGACAAUAAUUCAGUCGUGACUCCUGGAUGUCAAAAUAUUUAGAAAGUUUUAGAAGAGAUGAUUUUCCGUUUUCUUGUGGUGGAAGUCCUGCUGGGUUGCAGUGGUGGCAAAACUUGUCCUCACUGCAAGCUAAGUUAUGGUCAACCUUGCACAAGAUGACUCUACCUUGAUGGCAAUAUGGAAUCAAAGAAAGCAUAAAGCUUAUUCAUUCACUCUUCAAAUUAUCCUUUAAAUGAAUGAUUUAAUGUUGAAGACAAAUUUAAGAUUUGUUAAAUUAGUUUAGAUUAUUGUUUCUCUUUCUUUAGGCAGCACAGAUUUUUAACAGGCUUUAUUUCUUCCUUAUUUAUAUUUUAAGGUUAAUGAAUACAUGCCCUGGUGGUUGUAUGACACUGUUGUGUUUCUUGGGACAAAUAAACUCUUUUUUCACCAUCUUGAA